AUGACUAAUGGUAGUUGGUGUGGAUUCAUGAAAGGAGUAAAUAUGAUGCUUGACUACCUGGUAGCCUUACUGAAAGGCUAUGAAAGGAUGAUCGGCAAGGUAGAUGUAAACUAUCUGACUUAUCCUGGUAUCUAUUUUAAUACAGGUGAGGCUAAUGAUAAGGAUGUACAGGUGGUGGAGCUCCCCAUUGUUGACAGCUUACAUCCACGGCCACCUUACUUACCAUUGGCUGUCCCUGAAGACCUGGCUGAUAGGCUAAUCCGCGUACAUGGGGAUCCUGCAGUAUGGUGGGUCUCACAGUUUGUCAAAUACUUGAUUCGUCCACAGCCUUGGCUAGAAAAAGAAAUAGAGGAAGCCACCAGGAAACUCGGUUUCAAACAUCCAGUGAUUGGCGUUCAUGUUCGGAGGACAGACAAAGUAGGAACAGAAGCAGCAUUUCAUCCCAUUGAAGAAUAUAUGGUGCAUGUUGAAGAGCGGUUUGAACUUCUUGCUCGUAGAAUGCAUGUUGAUAAAAAGAGAGUAUAUUUGGCUACAGAUGACCCUUCAUUAUUGCAAGAGGCCAAAUCCAAGUAAGAUUAACUAUGAUUAUAUUACAGU